AUGAUCGCCCCAAACACAACUCCACAACCACUAAACAUCAUCAUUCUCGGCGGAGGCAUAGCGGGCCUGACCACCGCGCUUGCACUCACAAAAUAUGCGCCUUCCACACAUCCACCCCCCAGCAUCACCAUCUACGAAAUCCGCCCACAACCCGCAACCAUCGGCGGCGCUGUAAACCUAACCCCCAACGCUCUCCGCCUGCUCUCCCACCUCGGCGCGCUCGACGAAAUCCGCGCGCGCCACUACGGGAAAGAAUGCCUCGCCGUCGAAGUCUUCGAUCUAUACUCCAACGCCAAACUCGCCGAAUCCAGUUUCCGCGGCCCGGACGGCAAAGGCCUAGGCAACCCGCCCUUCACCGCGCUCAGAAUCACGCGCGGAGAAAGCUUGAAAGGCGUGCUCGCCGCGAUCGAAAAACAUCCUAACAUCCGCCUCGUCUGCGGCAAGAAGACCGUGGACAUCAAGGAGGACGAGCGCGGUGUCGACAUCACCUUCGAAGACGGCGAGUCCGCCAGCGCAGACAUCCUCAUCGGCUGCGACGGCAUCCACUCCGUCACGCGACUCAAGCACGUCGAGCCCGGCCGCAAGAGCGUGUACUCCGGCAUCUGCAACGCGUUCGGCUUUGCCCCGCGGCGAAAAACCUCCUCCUCUCCCGACGCACCCUUCGAGCCAACCCACUUCGAAACCACCGCCAUGAACUUCGCCCGCCGCGGCAUCCUGCUCACCUCCUUCCACAACGAAGCCCAGGACUCCAUCUACGUCGGCGGCCUGAUGCAAGUGCCCAGCAUCGCCUCGCGCGACGGCUGGAAGGCCGCGGGCGCCGACGCCGAAAACACGCGCAACGACAUGCUCGAGCGCUUCGCCGCCGGCGCCGCUAACUCGCUGAUCCGCACCGUCAUCCAAGACGCGCAGGACCUGUACCUGUGGCCCAUCUUCACGCUCAGCAAGGCGGGCAAAUGGGCCACCGACCGCGUGGUCCUGAUCGGCGACGCCGCGCACGCGAUGCCGCCGCAGGGCGAGAGCACGGGCAUCGUGUUCGAGGACGGCGUGCUGUUUGCGCGGUGCCUGGCGCGCUGGAUGGAGAAGGGCGGGGAGAAGAUGGCGCCUGUGAAGGAGGCGUUUGAUGCGUAUGAGAAGCUGCGCAGGGCGAGGAUCGAGACGGCGUAUGAUGAGAGCCAGAGCGUGGUCAAGACGGUGCUGGAUGCCGGGUGGCUGGGGCAUAAGAUUAAGCUUAAUGUUAUCCCUUGGUAUCUGUGGUGGACGCGGGGGUAUCGGGAGGCGCAUUUUAUUGAGGAUGUUACGAGCUGUGAGUUGGGGUAUUGA